GAUUCUCCUGGGCACUGCGCGAAGUAUGGAUCCUACUCUCUGAUAGAGGACAGAGUGAACAAGGUGGUGGAUGUUCAGCUUGUUCAGAGCUCAGAGGUCCCCAACAGCUCAUGGUGUGAGCUUGAAGGGCUCAAGCGCAGUGUUGACCUGUUGAAGGGAAAGGACCUGCAUUUGGCAACGCUGAUCGCGGACCGUCAUCGCCAGUUAUUUACAAUAAAAAUGAAGUGUAGAAUGUAAAUAUCUGAAUUGCAUUGAAGCUGGAUGUUUGUGGUUUGCUGAUGCACUGAGGGCCACACAGGUCAAUCAUCCACAAAAGUUUGUUUAUUUCUCCUUAGGUUGCCAAAUGGGUGAGAGAGGAGCUGAGCCCUGAAGGGACACAUCAUUAUUUUGAUGUGUGGCACAUUGCCAAAAGUCUGGGGAAGGCAUUGGAUGCAGCUUCAAAAGAGUGUGACCAACUACAGUUGUGGAGGCCUGCUAUAGUGAAUCACCUCUAUUGGACUGCAGCCUCAACCCCAGAUGGCAACCCAGCGGUCAUGGAGGCCAAAUGGAGAAGUUUAGUCAACCACAUCCAGGACAUUCAUGACCAUGACACCCCUGCCUUCUCCAGUUGUGCCCAUGGCCCUCUAGAUGGGGAUCAGUGCAACAAAGAGUGGUUGGACCCAGGCUCAUUGGCAGCAGUAAAGUUGGAGAACAUAAUCAUGAGGACUGCCUUACUGAAAGAUGUUCGACAGCUGUCUCCACAGCACCAGACCUUCUCCCUUGAGGCUUACCACUCCCUCAUCUUGCACUUUGCGCCCAAGCACACAGGGUUUUCAUACCUUGGGAUGUAUAGCAGGCUUCUCUUAGCGGCGCUGCAUUAUAAUCACAAUGCCAACCGCGAGACAGCACGGAGAAGUGAUGGGACGGAGAAGUACUGCGUGCGGUAUCCGCGCUUCAAAAAAGGUGCCCAUGUGGUGCUUCCCAUCAAAGAGGCAGCCUCAUACGGUUAUGCAACAUCAUUAAUGAAGGCCCUUCGGGAAAGCUACACCAAUUCACCUUCAGCUCUUCGAGAGACAAGUCCAAUGAUUUAGUUGUAAGUAUUUAUUUUAGUUGUUAGUUAUCUUCUUUCCUUCUGUCCCUGUCAUCUCAUUUGGUGGUGGUUUCCUGCAUGCUGCAUGGUUUGUUUUUUCUUUGUGUGCUAUUGCUUUGGUUUUACUUUGCACAAAAUUAUUACUUUUUUCCGUCUUUGUAAGUGGCAAUAAUUGUCGCUGUACCCCAUUCAAGGGGUCCUGCAUGCUGCAUGUCUGCUCCUCUGUCUGUUAUUUGCAUGAAAUGUGUUGUAUGUAAUUAAAAAUAAUUUACCAAUCAUUUUACCUGUGCCUUGUUAACCUCUGCGGUGUUGUCUGGGCUCACUGUGUGUCUGCUUGAUGUGCUUUUGCGUGUGUGUGUGAGAGAGAGAAACAAAAGAAACUGUGCAAACGUUUCAGGUCAGUAAUCUUCGUCCUUGUUCAGUAAAUGUUCAGUAACCGUUACAAGUAAUGCCAAUAAACUGUGUUUUCUUAUCAAAAUUCAUGUGUUCUGUGUACUUUAUAACAUUUUAAGGGCAAUUUGGGGAUCACAACAGAGUAAGCAAUUAUUUUUAUUCAUUUUCAUCCAAACGAGGCCAUUGAAAGCCCUGAUAGGUCUGGUCACCACUUUGAAAUUGUUGUCUGAUGGUUGAAACCACACAAGAGGGUAGAGGCUUCCUUAUACUCCUGCCUAAAACUCCAUAAGCCCAGUGUAUAGCCUGCCUGUACGCAGUGUACCGGUAUUGCCUAGGGAUAAGUAGGAAAGAUUCUUAAGUUUAAAACUGUAAGUAGGUUGGAAACCUACUUUGCGUUGAGAGCAUGUGGAAACUGUGACAUUACUGUGAUGGAAAAACCAUCAUCCAAAAUGAACCAUGGCUUAC